AUGGCUUUCAAGAACGGUGCGCCGACGGCAGAAGUCAACCGGUUUCUGCGGCGGAUAUUCAUAGUGGCCACCUUUCGGCGAUGCCGCGAGCACGGGGACCACCACGAGCUGUCGAUCGUGGUUCCGGUCUGCACGGGGCAGUCGCUGGUGUACCGGAUCGCGGAGAGCCGGCGGCGGUACUACCUGAGCACGCAGCUGCUCGACCUGCGCACCCAGAUCCUGCCCGGCCAACCCAGCCCGACCGACGGCAGCCGACGCCCGAUGUGGCUCGCCGACAUCCCCGCCGACGCUAACACCCGGCUCGGACUGGCCAAGCGGCUCGAGUCUUCGCUGCGCGCCGUCGAGCGCCCCGACCAGGCCUGCAGCUUGGAGUGGGUCCUCCAUUUCAUUGACCAGCUUAGACACGCCGAGUUCCGGGGAAUCGACGCUCGCUUGCGGCUGCUAAAAAAGACUCUCCGUUCUCAAACCAUCCACCACCCCAACUAA